CGUGAAAAUUGUGGGCCACGGUAACCCCCCAAUGCAUUUGGUUUUCUUCUUUUCCGGUUAUUAUUUGAAUUCACCUCAGCGUUCACUCUCAGGCUUCACAAAUUCAGGACCAGAGCAAUUGGGUUGUUCAGUCUUGUUCGCAAAAUGCAAGAGGAGGAUCACAGAGAACAGGUUACUUGCACUGAAUUUUCCAUUGAAGAUGAGACGCAUUCUCUGCUGCAGCAUCAGGAGGAGUUUAACAGCAUAAAAAGCUCCAUAAGUACACUGAGUGCCAGUCUUGAAGAACUGAAUAAAAAAAAGGCUGAUCUAUUGGGUAGAAUGCAACAUUUACGAGAGAAAAUCAGUAAGGAAGGUGCUGAAAUGCUGGUGCAGAGAUUGUUAUCACUUUUGGAGUCACUAAAGGCUCUAGAAAAGCAAGAAUCUGAUUCCCAGCUCCAUUCGAAUGUACAACGCUCUCAGCUGCAAGCUGAGAUUGAUAAACUUGGCGAAAUUAUACUGAGUGACAAUGACGGGUGGAGCUUCUCCUGUGGUAUCGAUGAUUCUUUACAUAGCUCUGUGGAGAAACUGAAUUCAGCAAAGACGGAACUUGCAGCUAAACUACGGGAAAUUGUAUUGCUUAAAAGGCAGCUCGAUGAUGUGCCAUCACAAGCAGAACUCAUUCAGUAUGAACGCCGAUUUUCAGAACUUAAUGUCCAUAUUCAGGGAAAGCUUCGGCAAACUCGUAAAUGCUAUGCUACCUAUAAUGCCUUGUUGGAGAUAAAAGAACUGAUGCUAAAAGAAACAUCCUUAUUAAACUCCAUAAGUUUGCAGUUUCAAGAUGCAAUUGCUAGCACAUCUGGCCGUGUGAAACUUAUUGAUUCAAUGGACGGAAUUACAAAAGGGAUUCAACAGAAGCUGGAAAAGGCACAUCUUGCACAACAAGCAGAGCUGACAGUCUGUGAUGCUCUCAAGGAGAAGUAUGCUGCAGCAAUUUCUGAGCAAAGACGCUGCUCUUCUCUCUUAAAAGCUUUCCAGGAGGAAUGUGCAAAGAAUGAGAGACUUAGAAGCCACACUUCGGGAAUACUCGCAUAACAUAUGAGGUUAUGUGAGAAGGGUUGAAGCAUCAUUGGCCUGUAGGAGUUGUUGAUCAUUUGCCUGGUGAAUUAGGGUCAAAACAUAGUUGCAGAAUUUGGGUUCAAGGUCUAUAGAUAGCUGGUAAGUGUGCUUUCUUUGCCCUUUUCACAAUCUUCUUGUAUUUUUAUUUUUCUCCCCACUUGGGAACCUAAAAGGCUGAAGAGAAGAGAGGGAAGUUAGGAAAUAUCAGCUGACAUUCAAGUUGAAAAAUGAAAACAGUGGAUUGUUGUGGGGGUCUUUUGUUUGUUUACAUAGAAAUCACGAGAUGGGUUGGUAUACAGAUGGCAGAUUGUUGAACAUAAAACUGCAUUUAUGAAUUGAUUCAUGUCGAGAGACACCGUCGCAGACGUUAUGGUGGAUUUCUGUUAGUAUUUUUGAAUAUGUAGCUGCUACAAGAAUUACAAGCGGGUAAUUCAGAAACUGUUGGAGUGCUUCUACAAGUCACUUCCU